CAUUGAAAAUGGCUGUUCUUGAAGAGAACCAUGGCCGAGUGUAAGGGUUUCUGCCUUUUGGUAUUUCUCUGCGUGGGUCGUUGCUUCGAACAGACAAACGCCAGGCUGCGAAGCACUCUCCUCCUUCGACAUUCUAAUUUUGCCAGGUGACGAAACUGCGGCAGCGGAGCCAUUGUAGGCGAUUUUAGUUAGUAAGCAAGAUCCGCUACCUGUUUGCAACAUAGGUGUGUCAAUUAGAAGCUCAUGGUGGGAUCGGUAGCGUGUCUGAGUUCGGCAACUGGGCCAGUGCUCCGGUUCCAGAGGUUGUGGAGCGGCAGCCAUGACCACCAUAGCUGGUUCAAAUUUGAGACCGUGAUAGUGAACAAGAGGCUCGCAGAAGCGGGGCGAUGACGCACAUUCCGCAAUCGCAGCCAUGAAGAUUAGAUCACACGGGUCGCCGCUGACGCGUGCGCAGCCCGGCCGUUACAAUUGGAUGCUCACGCCAGUAGUCGUUACAUUACUCGUUCUCGCAGUUCUCUACAAGUUACACUCUCUAGUAUCUGAAUUGGAGCCUCCGACCUCCAUUCCCCUCCUCACUCCUACAACUAGCAAGCAACCCAAGGAGCCUCCUUCCAAAAUUGCAUUUCUGUUUCUUGUGCGCCACCAGCUGCCUCUGGACUUCGUGUGGGAGCAUUUCUUCCAGGGAGCAGGGAAAGAUAAGUACACAGUCUACAUACACGCAAGACCUGGAUUUAUGUACACGAAAAACAACACCAAGUGCUCGGCCUUCAUCAACAGGCAGCUAAAAAAACCUGUUCUGGUAGAGUGGGGAGAGGCCAGCAUGUUACAAGCGGAGCGUCUGCUCCUACAGGAGGCUCUCCGAGACCCUCUCAACCAGCGCUUCAUUCUGCUAUCUGACAGCUGUAUUCCAUUGUACAAUUUCCGCUACAUCUAUGACUAUGUCAUGUUCUGCCAGAAGAGCUUUGUUGACAGCUUUAAGGACGCUCACGACGUGCGAUACAAUCACAAGAUGGCACCAGCUAUUUGGAAGGAGAAGUGGCGCAAGGGCUCGCAGUGGUUUGUCUUGAUUCGCAAGCAUGCAGUUGCAGUUGUCAAAGACUCCACCGUGUUUCCGGUGUUUCAACGUUACUGCAAGAGAAUAGCAUUGCCUGAGUUUGCUGCAUCUGCAAAUAACAAUUGGAACAGCAACUGCAUCCCUGAUGAGCACUACCUACAAACGCUCUUAGCUAUGAGGAAUUUGGAGAAAGAAAUUGAGCCGCGAGGUGUGACGUACAGUCAAUGGAAAAGUGCUCAUCAACACACCAUGGAUAGACGAGGUUGGCAUCCCAUCACAUUCGACGCCGCAAAAACUACUCUAGAGGCCAUUAAAGGCAUCCAGGGCAUUAAUGAGAUACACUUCGUGGCAGCUUCACGGCGCGAACGUUGUGGCAUUGAUGGCAAAGCGCUUCCGUGCUACUUGUUUGCUAGGAAAUUCACUCGAGGUGCUGGCGCUCGCCUCCUUGAGCAAGCACCUGAAUAUGAGAAACGAGUUUUGCCCUACUGAUUAUCACCCUGUUUACACAGUUCAAGACAACUUCACAUGUCAGUAAAAUAAGGAGGUUUGCAGGGGGCGAGCUGCAUGACCAUGCACCCGAAUUCCCAAUUCUAAAAUUGUUGUGCUAAAUAAGAAUCUCUGAGAAUUCAUGUCAAACGCUUCCAUGUCCCGCUGAAGUGAGAUGGUCACCUUUUCUGAAUGCAACGUGACCCAAGUGUCACCCACUAGGCAAAUUGUCUUGUACGCUCUUGAUCCACAAUGUGCAUGAUGUGAAUAGUGUGUUGUAACCGUUCCUUCAAGAAUAAAGACGCCGGGUAGAAAGAACGUGAGUUCUCUACCUUCUCCUU